AUGACUGAAGCCAGUGUCUCCAACAUUGCGACCCAGACACCUCAAGAACAACUGAUGGGGAAAUUUUCUAUACACGAUCCUGUUUACGAACCCUCAAAUAACAACCCUGAUGCCCUCUCAAGUAAUGGUGGCCCCUCAACGUCUGGUGAUGACCAGAUGGAUGUGGCCGUCGAGACGGCAGUCGACUUCACCCAACUGGUGGGCUUUGAGACCGACUUCUUCUCCCAUGAAACAGGCAUGAUAAAUGAUUACCUUAUGGGUGUAUUUUCUCCGCUAGACUACCGGACACCAAUGAUCGACAAUGUAUCCGAUGGGUACGGUGGAAUGGACAGGGGGCCGGUCGCGACAGUUCCAAGUGUUCUGGGCGCUGAUUAUCGCGAACCAUCAGCCCCAGUACAAAUCGCCAUUGCAAGAGAGGAAACCCAGGACUCUGUGGUUGAGUCGCUCGUCUUCGAUCGUGAAACUCCAGUGGAUCAGAGGAGUCGGGGCGGAGGCGAAGUUGGCGGAUCAUUGGAUGCUAUUGACGACGUUAUAGGGUCUAAUCCGUGGGCAGUGUCGACGGCUGCUUUCAGUAAACUAACUGCCGAGGUUGCAAAGCAUGAGCAUCUAUUACCGGAGUCCUUCACCCUCCCAUGCCGACAGACCUUAUCGCGAUAUGUCGCCAGCUACAUUCGUGGGUUCCAUCCCCAUCUCCCUUUCAUACAUAUUCCAACAUCUUGCGUGGAGACUAUGGCGCCUGUCUUACUGCUUUCGCUCGCCGCUACUGGGUCGUUCUAUGGUUUUGAGCAUACGCACGGGUAUGCCAUGAUCCUUCUGGCCAAGUCAAUCAUCGCCGAGAAACUUGAGCAACGUCGCCGAGAGUCUACUUCCCGCCUGGUUCGAAGUUUUCCACGCUAUGCCGAGCUGCCUAAUAGUUCCUCUGGAGAGCACGACGCAUCCGCACGACCAAGGGUGACGCCACAACCCGUACCUACUCCCGUCUUCGAUCUCGAGUUGGUACAAGCUCUGGUGAUCCUCCAGAUGACCAUGUCUUGGCUUGAUGGACCAUUUGCCGAGGAUGCGCUGGCCAUGAGUAGCCAACUUGCGGCGGUUACUCGCGAGGGCUUGAGCCAUCCACCCGUGGAAGAUGGACACAAGACUUGGAAGGACUGGUCCCUUGAAGAAGCAAAGCGACGUACGCUAUUAUCUGCUUACUUCGUGCUCAAUAUCCAGACCAUCUGCUUCAACGUACCACCCCAAAUCACCACCUCCGAGGCCAACCUCAUGCUUCCGUGUUCUGAAGCAGAGUUCAAAGCACCUAGUCCGGCUGCCUGGCACCGCCUCCACCGCAAACAUAAUGUCCAUGAUAUGGACUUUCGAAGCUGUCUCAAACAGUUGCUGUCUGGAAAGUCACUUGCCAAGGAAGUCUCGGCAGCUGAAUUCGGGAACUACAUGCUCGUCCAGGCCCUGUUGGUGCAGAUUUACUUUGAAAGACAAGCUGCCUCAGUUCUCUUGAGCUCUUCGUCAAGCCUUUCGCCUUCUACAAUCCAGCUUUACGACGGUGCUCUUGCUGCGUGGUCAACAUGCUGGGAUUCUGCCAUUGAGUCUGCGUUGGAUCCCUCAUCCGUCCACGGACCAUUGGCUUUCAACUCAACCGCCAUCCUCCGGUUGGCCCAUGUGCAUCUCGGAGCUGACUUGUUCAGUCAGUGCGCUCUCAACUCGCGGGAUCCCCGAGUGGUUGCCCAGGCCUUUGAACCGCAUCGAAACCCCAUUUUACUUGGCUCCGCACACCUGGACAAAGCUGUUCUCCAUGCCAUAUACGCAUUGAGAAUUCCCGUGAGGGUUGGGAUAGCGUUUGUGGCCCGAGGCCGAACGGGUCAUUGGAGUGUCCAGCAUGCUAUUAGUAACUUUGCGUGUGCGCUGCUUCUUACGCACUGGCUUGAAAAUAUCUUCAACCUAGUCUCUUCAAGAGGACUAGACGGUCUGAGGCAUGAGGAGAGGCGUCUACUCUCCAUGAUUGAACGCCUUAUCGAAGAGACGCAUCUACAUGAUGGCCUAGGGCCAAAGGACUGCUACCCAAACCGGAUACGACGGCUGGCCAUCGCCGCGGUGAAGCUUUGGGCUGAAACCUGUCAGGGUAUUCAGGUAUAUGAGCUAGUUCAUAUUAUGGGCGAGACACUUUCUCUGGUCGCAGAGUUAUUGGAGAGUCGUCUUUGA